CAUGUACCAGGACUUGGAUAGUUUUUUCUCCACUUGCGGUGCUUUCUUGGAAGGGUGAAGUAACAAUAAACCGGGGUGGUUUGGUUUGGUUAGGUCAUCAUGCAACUAUACAUUGGAGGAAUAAGAUGCGAACGACGAAUCAUUCUCAUAAUUUUUGUUCUUUUUGCAUGAUAAUGGCAGGACAGUCCACGGAUGCCAAACAUUGAUGAGAAAAUGAGCCCUGGCCAUUCUUGACCUCUGUUAACUACCAGCGUGUCUUUGCUGUUCUAGCUAAUUCCUUGUUGUUUAAACAGUAGCGCAGCCAUCCCGUGAAGAAAAUGAUUUGAGAGGUGGACGAAGACUUCAUGCAACUUUUCUAAAAACAAAAAGAGAAGACACCAUGCAACUCCAAUAAAAAUAGAAAAAAAAGGGAGUUUUCCCAUUUCUCUAAUCCAUUAUAGAAGCUCUAGUUUUGUUUCCCAAAAUUAAGAUUUGUAUGUGUGCGAACAGUUUACCAUACAGGUAUAAACUCGUCCGUCUCUUUAGUACCAGUAAAGUCUCCUCGUGCUUGACCUUUACCUUCUUUAUAUAUAUAUAUUGUAAAUUAUCACUGAAAACUUUCUAGAAUUUGUUCUAUUAAUGACCUCCAUUUUACAUUGAAGAAGUGAUUUACUCGAGAACACCUUGACCCUAGCCAUGACUCAUGAUAUCACUCUUAUUCCUGGAUGAAUUGACCGUCAUGAUAUGCUGUUUCUGUUGCAUGUAUAUCUGACAUGUUCUGUUUCUCUGUACGACGAAAUUUCCCUAUACUGUGAACUCUAUAUAAGGUGGCUUGGAGGUAAUCGCUAACAUCCAUAAGCCCUCUAGCUAGUAGUGAUCUUUUUGCUUGUGUUAGCAAACGUACGUGAGAAAGAGUGCUAAGACACUAGAUUAAAUCCUUAGAAAGGUAAACCUCUGCUGAUAUGGAACUUGUGUUACUCAUUUCACUUGCAGUAGUGAUAACCUUUCUUGGAUUGCUAGAGCUUUUGUAUUCUGGGCUGGUGCUAAAACCAGGAAGGCUUCGUUCUGUACUAAGGAAGCAAGGCAUUAGGGGACCAAGUCCAUCCCUGCUGCUUGGAAACAUAAGCGAGAUCAGGAAGUCUCAAUCCACAACAGUAAAGGCUUCUACAAAUGAACCACCGGUUUUCCACAACUGUGCUGCUACCCUCUUUCCAUUUUUUGAGCAAUGGAGGAAGCAAUAUGGUCCAGUAUUUGUAUUUUCGUUGGGCAACACACAAAUAUUAUACGUGAGCCGGGCUGAUGUGGUGAGAGAAAUUAGUACAUGCACAUCAUUAGAAUUUGGGAAGCCUUCAUAUCAGCAGAAAGAACUCGGUUCUUUGCUUGGUCAGGGCAUUCUGACUUCAAAUGGGAAAGUUUGGGCCCAUCAGAGGAAAAUCAUCGCCCCUGAAUUAUACGGUGACAAGGUUAAGGGAAUGAUGAGCUUGAUAAUUGAAUCCACCACUGUGCUGCUAAACUCAUGGAAGAGUAGAAUUGAUAAAGAGGGUGGAGUAGCAGAGAUCAAAAUUGACGAGGGUAUGAGAAGCUUCUCCGGAGAUGUCAUCUCAAGAGCCUGUUUUGGGAGCAAUUAUUCCGAAGGAGCAAAAAUUUUCUCGAGACUAAGAGCUCUUCAGGAGGCUAUGUCCAAGAAAAGUCUAUCCACUGGAAUUCCUGGCAUGAGAUAUAUUCCCACCAAGAACAAUAGAGAAGCAUGGGCGUUAGAGAAAGACGUCGGCAAUUUGAUACUCGAAAUAGUCAAAGAGAGAAAGGAAACUGCACACGAGAAGGAUCUCUUGCAAAUGGUCCUUGAGAGUGCCAAAACUAGCAACCUGGGACAGGAUGCAAUGGACCGGUUCAUUGUUGAUAACUGCAAGAAUAUAUACUUGGCAGGGUAUGAGACUACAGCAGUUUCUGCCACAUGGUGCCUCAUGCUGUUGGCUGCAAAUCAAGAAUGGCAGGAUCGUGUCCGUGCAGAAGUUCUUGAAGUCUGUGGAUCAGGUUGUCUUCCAGACGCAGAUAUGCUUCGCAAGAUGAAACAGCUAAAUAUGGUGAUUCAUGAAUCGUUGCGACUUUAUCCACCAGUGGCGGUGGUGUCAAGGGAGGCCUUUAAGGAGAUGAAAUUUGGGGGCAUUACCGUUCCCAAGGGUGUGAAUGUGUGGACAAUGGUGCUGACACUGCAUACUGAUCCUGAAGUGUGGGGACCGGAUGCAUACAGGUUCAACCCAGAUAGAUUUGCAAAAGGCAUAACAGGUGCUUGCAAGCUCCCACACCUAUACAUGCCAUUUGGUGUUGGGCCUCGGAUGUGUCUUGGACAGAACUUGGCUAUUGCUGAACUCAAGAUACUGAUAGCUCUCAUUCUGUCACAAUUCUCUCUCUCCCUCUCACCCAAAUACAUUCACUCGCCCGCUCUUAGGUUGGUCAUAGAGCCAGAACGUGGAGUUGAUCUCUUGAUAAAGACGUUGUGAUCAGCAAACCUAUAUAAGCAGUGAGAAUCGGCUUCCUCCCGCUUCAACUUUCAAGAGAAGCUAUAUAUAUGAUGAGUGUUGCUGCAAUUUUACUUAUUCACAUUGCUCGUGUCCCAUUCCUUUGCACUUGGCACCUGGUUUAUAUGCCUGUUAUCUAUGAUGAAUAAUAUAUACCUCUUCAUCCUGCUUCAA